CUCACAUUCGAUUGUGAUUGAAGCGACGAGAGGCGAGACAUCGAUACCCUCUUGCAUCUUACAAAUAGCGGCCUCCUUUCGUACGCGCGAAUCAAGUCAAAACGGUUUGCUUUUUAUCGAGUUUUGAAACUUCACGACGCCGAUUCAGAGGUCAAUUUUGUCGAAUAUACGUGAAGAUACGUGAAAUACACGGUUCGCAGUCGACUCGCCGUGCAUCGUCAAUUAUAACGGAUUAACAAUAGCGAUUGCAAGUGUAUGAAUAACCUAUGUAAACAUCACAAUGAAAUCUGAUAGGGAAUCACAGACUGACGUCGAGAUAAAGAUCCAAAGGACGUUAAUUUCCAUCAAUGACGUUAGUCUGAAAAUAAAGAAGGAGCUGGAGAGGAUCGACGAACUGACGAAGGAAAACGGACAACUGCGCACGGUAGUCAACGCGGCGAAUCAAACGUUGGCCAGGAAGGUUGAGGAAAUGGGAAUGAACGUGGCGGAGGUUAUCGCUGAGAGCGAGCCGAACAAGCGUAACGACAGGUUAGAAUUGAAUCUUGCUGAGCUCGAUCCCGACUAUUAGAGAACCUGCUAUACAGAAAAACAUGGACUAAAUAAAUGCCCGACAUAUAA